CAAAAACGAAAAAGGGCACUUGGUGCAGAAAAAACUUCUAGUCAUUGAAUAAUCAUUCCUUUACCGAAAUAUUGACCUAAACUCGGAUAAGGAGAUUAGACCGGAAGACUCUUAACAAAAACUACGGCAUACGGCAACGAACCGAAAAGUUGGAUUUCUUUCUUUCCUUUGGCCUAUUCGUGCAGUGGUGAUCUCUUCGAGUCAACCUGUUACACACCUCUUCGAGUGAAAGGAAAGGAAAGGAAACGAAAAGGGCUGAGAGCCGGGACGAUCAAACACAAGAAGGCCCGAGAGCUCGAGAGCCGAGUCAAAACAUUCAUGGCGCGUCCGAAAUUCAAAACUACCCAUGAUGCACCCAAAUCCGGAGGCCCGAGGGUGGUGUACUGGUUCCGUACGGACCUGCGUCUUCACGACUCACCUGCCCUGGCGCACGCCCUGUCCCUGAACCCGUCACGCCUGAUCCCGCUGUGGACGUGGGAUCCGCACUACGUGUACCGCCAGCGCGGGUCGGCGAACCGCUGGGCGUUCCUGGUCGCGUGCAUGAGCGACGUGUCGGGUUCACUCGCGAAGCUGAACCCGAACCAAAAGCUGCACGUCGUGCGCGCGGCGCCGACCCAGGUGAUGGGGCCGUUGUUGAGGAGGUGGAAGAUCGACGUGCUCGUGUUCGAGCGGGACACGGACGCGUACGCCCGCGCGCGCGACGCCGAGGUCACGCGCAUCGCCGAGGAGGCGGGCGUCAGGGUCGUGAGCUUGAGCGGGAGGACGUUGUUCGACAGCGACGAGAUCGUCAAGGCGAACGGCGGGCGUCCCACCAUGAGCAUGAGUCAGAUCGUCAAGGCCGCCGAGAAGCUUGGAGGAGGAGGAGGAGGAGGAGGAGGAGGAGGAGGAGGAGGCGAGCCCGCGCGGCCCGUCGAUGCGCCGAAAGAGUUACCGGACCCUUUGGACGCCGCGGACAUGGACCUCGGCGGGAUCGAGAAAGAAAUGGAGGGCGACGUGGAAGAGCAGAAGCCGAGUUUCGCCGGCGCCGGACAGGGUGAUUUCAAUGCCGUCCAGCGGACCUCGAGCCCCGGAAAAAUCACACAGUACAGCGUCGGUCUGAUGGGGCCGGACGGAACGUUCAGCGUGCCGACACUCGAAGAGAUGGGCAUCGACCCGGCCGACGUGACGACGCCUCACGUCGGUGGGGAAACCGCCGGGUUGGCAGUGUUGAAGAAGUACAUCGACGACGAAGAGUACGUGGGCACGUUUGAGAAGCCUGCGACGGCGCCCACGGAUUUUGAACCUCAGGCAACGACACUUCUUUCACCGCACAUGCAUUUCGGGAGCGUGAGUGUGCGCAAGUUCUGGUGGGACGUGCAGGAUGUUUUGGCAAGGAGGAAAAAGGAAAAGAAGCACAACAGCAGCGAGCCGGUGAAUCUACCGGGACAGUUGUUGUUCAGGGACAUGUACUUUGCGGCGCACGCCAAGGUUGGCGUCGCGUUUGGACAGGCGGUCGGGAAUCCCGUUGCAAGAUUCAUCCCCUGGCAUUUGCAGAGCAAGUACUCUGUCAACGAGCGGGGGGAGUAUCGGUCGGAAGGGACGUAUCUCGUCGACGACCCCCAAGCGGAGGAGUACUUUCGCCGGUGGAAGGAAGGGCGCACCGGGUUCCCCUGGAUCGAUGCAUUAAUGAGACAGCUCAGGCGAGAAGGGUGGAUUCAUCACCUGGGAAGACACGCCGUCGCCUGCUUCUUGACCCGAGGAGGGUGUUAUGUUUCGUGGGAGCGCGGGGCCGAGGUGUUUGAAGAGUGGUUGAUUGACCACGAGGUCGCGUGCAACGCGGGCAACUGGAUGUGGUUGUCGUGUACGGCAUUCUUCUCACAAUUCUACCGCUGCUAUUCACCGGUGGCUUUCCCCAAGAAGUGGGACCCCGAAGGACACUUUGUGAGGAGGUACGUGCCGGAGUUGGCGCGGUUCGACAAGAAGUACAUCUAUGAGCCGCACAAGGCACCCAUAGCGGAUCAGAAGAAGUGGGGGUGUCUGGUGAGAGGUGACGGGUCGAAGAAGGACGACAAGGGUGAGGGAGGGGAAGGGCGAAUGUACCCAAAACCCAUGUUCGAUUUCAACGAGAGGAGGCAAUUUUGUAUCGACAAGGUCAAGGAGGCAUAUGAUGUGGGACUGUAUGGAGAUGAUGAGAAGGUCAGGACGGGUGAGUGGAAGAAACUAUUCAAGUUUAAUGAUCGAGGAGCAAAGACAAAGGAGGAAGCGAAUGGAACGGUUGAAAGAGGCGUGAAGAGGUCGAGAGAUGACGAAGAGGAUGAAGAUGAUAUGGGUGAAGAUGCGGAUGAUGGGCACGACAGCGAUGAUCGCAACGCAGCAGCAGCAGCAGCAGCAGCGAAGAGGGGUCAGAAAACGAGAGGCGAGAAGAGAGGUCAGAAGACGUUGGAUACGAUGGUGAGUAGGAAGAAAGUGAAGUAAGUGUCUCUGAGGUGGUUUGUUCGUUUAUGACAUCGGAUGAAGAGAAAGAAAAACAUUGUAGAAUGCAGUGGGAUAUCAACAUCUGAAGAGAUUGAC